AUGUCGGCGCCCAUCUUCCUCAAGAGCAAAGAAGAAGCGCUGCCCGACAUCAAGAACUGGCUCCUAAGCGCGUUCCAGGAGAAGAAGGGCUGUUGCGUGCCCAAGAAGGACGUCUUUGGCGCCUACGCCGACUUCUGCGCCGAGCACCACUAUGAAUCCACCACUUCAGCCUCCUUUGGCAAGUUCCUCAAGAAGAUCUUUCCUGGGGUGGAGACCAGACGGCUUGUCCGCAACGAUGUGCAGGCCAUAAUGCUCCGGCUCCUCCCCACCCUCAUCGCCAGCGGUCGUCCCAAGGCCUGUCUUGACGUCUUCAACUCCAACUUCUCCGUCGACCUCCCAGCUCGAGCCGGAGCAGACCGGCAGGACCCGAUACCAGCGGCCGGGCUGUCGUGGGAGGGCCUGUACUACCUGCACUCUCUGCUGGCCGCGGCCACACAGCCUCUGCCGCCAGUGCUGCGGCCCAAGAGGAAGACCACCCGCAAGGCCCAGAAGGCGGCGGGCGAUCGCCCCACGAUCGACCACAACCUCAAGCGGAAAAGAGUGGAAGGUCACGAGGCGCGGCGCGUCGGCGGCAGCAACAGCGAAAGCGACAGCGGAGACCAGGACAAGCAGCAGCCAACAGUCCAGGACGAACCGCACGACUACGCCGAUCCCCCGUGGACCAACGACCACAACCGCCGCACCACCACCAGGCGAACAAAGUCUCGCCUCGACUACAUCCUGAAUUGA